GCCGCGCAGUACCUUAUCAAGCGAUAGCGCGACGGAGCAUCAAAGGUCAACUUCCGGCAGGCCGCCGCCAUACGACAGAAAGACGUCGCCAUGGAGGACGAUACUGACGUCAACGUUCCCCUACACCAGUCACAAGGAGCAUCGACCAGAAGGAGGACCUGUAGACUUUCUGUCGUCGGCUGCGCAUUUGAGGGAACACACGAGGAACUGGAGAAACACGAGACGCUCGAGAGCCACAUGAACUUCCUCCUGUCCUACACCGAGAGAGCCAACGGAUCCAUCCGAACAGUUCAGGAGGCGCUGGCAGAAAGCCACCAGGAAAAGCUAGAACUUCAGAGCGGCUUCAACGCCAUCAAGGAGCAAAUGAACCUAGUGCUACGAGAACACCAGGUCCUCAAAGACCAGGUGCGGUUGCUUACAUCGAGGCUGAACGAAGAACAGCGCCACUGGCAGAGGAUAUCCCGCGCGGUGGACGUGCAAUUGGAAGAGGCCAUCUCACGCUCCUGGACCCAGGGGAAGUUCAUGUGGCGCAUCCAUCCAUACAGCCGCCUAAAGCUUCAGCAGCAGAAUGAAGACAUUGCCCGGGUAGUCAGCCCGGCGUUUUACACUGGCGUGCCCGGCUACAAGCUGAGACUUAUGGCGGACCUCAAUGGUUACGGAGAAGGCAGGGGCAGCCACUUGUCCCUCUUCUUGCAGAUAAUGCAAGGAAAGUUUGACAGCGUCAUAGACUGGCCCUGCAAGAACGAGCACAUGCUGCGCGUCGUCGACCAGUCUGCACGAGGAAUGCAUUACGACAAGCUCCAAUUGUUCCGGAACAUCCCUUCAAAGAAUAAGCACAUCAUGGGUCGUCCUUUCGAGGAGUGCAAUGUGCCCAUCGGAUUCCACACCAUGAUUGCGCUGCAGGAUCUCGAGAACGAGCGCAACGGAUACCUCAGAAACGAUACCGUAAUCAUCAUGUAUAGGUGCAAGAUAUAAGCUUUUGCACUCAUAUAUAUCAAACUGAUGGCCUAACAAAAAAAUAUAUCCAUGCAUCUUUCUACGUUCACCCGACCACCACCGCAAAGAUGUGCGUUGAAAACGACAGGUACUCUAAGAAAAAAUCCGUUCUUGAAAGGUUCUAAGACGGCCCAAGAAUUCUUUCAGCUCGUGAAUAACGGUUUCGCUUCAAGUAUU